CUGAGAACACACCAGUUAAUCAUCCACUAACAGGUGGAGAGACACAGGACGGAUCCGCCGCCUGAAGAAAACCAGCCGUAAAGUCAAAGCUGAAUAAUGUGAGGAGGGAUCCACUGGACACUUCGGAUUGGGGGACCUACAGCUGAGCGUGGAUCACACACAGGUCUGCGUCUGAGGCCCAAAACUCCUGAAACUCCUCCAGGCCUUCAGGGUUUGUUUGCUUCCUUUGCGCCCUCUGCAAGAGCCGUUCUGCUUGUGGACCCAACCAUGGCUGUGAGAGGGGGCCGUGCAGGGGCCCGGCCUCGCCUGGGAUGCCAGCUGCAGCAGUGAAGCCCACUCUGGAGGAAACAGUCCCAGAAGGAGGGGGGGUCGGCGAGUCCCGGCGGGAGGCCUCGGGGCUGCCCCUGCCCUCCCUGACGUUCACCAGGGAGCUGCUGAGGAGCUUCCCCCACUCCAAGAGGGUGGGGUCCUACCUGAUCGGGAAGAUGAUCAACAAAGGCUCCUUCGCCAAGGUGGUGGAGGGACUGCACAUCGGCACCGGCGAGAAGGUGGCCGUUAAGGUGAUAGACAAGAAGAAAGCACGCCAAGACUCCUACGUGCUGAAAAACAUUAAAAGGGAACCUCGAAUCCAUCAAAUGGUCCGGCACCCUCACAUUGUGGUUCUUCUGGAGACCCUGGAGACGGAGAACAGUUACUACAUGGCCAUGGAGCUGUGUGCGGGAGGAGACCUGAUGGACAGGAUCUGCGACCGGAGGAGGCUGGGAGAGAGGGAGGUGCGGCGCUACACCCGGCAGAUCCUCUCCGCCGUGGAGCACCUGCACAAACACGGCAUUGUGCACAGAGAUUUAAAGAUUGAAAACUUCCUCCUGGACGAGCAUAACAACAUAAAAAUUGUAGACUUUGGCCUGAGCAACACUCUGAAGCCGGACUCUUUAUCCCUGGAGCUCCUCAACACGCAGUGCGGAAGUCCUGCCUAUGCCGCGCCUGAGCUGCUGGCUCACAAGAAGUACGGCUCCAAAGUGGACGUCUGGUCCAUAGGCGUGAGCAUGUUUGCGAUGCUAACGGGAACCCUGCCCUUCACCGUCGAACCUUUCAACAUCAAGCAGUUGCACCAGAAGAUGGUCAAUAAGGACAUUAGCGACAUCCCUGGUGACAUCAGCAAAGACGCAGUGUCAUUCAUGAUGCUUCUCCUGGAGCCAGACCCAGAAAAGAGACCCAGCGUCAGAGAUGCGAUGGAAGAGGGAUGGGUCAGCGAGGGAUAUGCCAAGAAACCGCUACACACAGCCUCACAUAAAAACAGGUUGUGUCCGGAAGACCUUAACUCAUCUGUGCUGGCUCACAUGACGGAGACACUGGGUUAUUCCCUCUCUGAAGUCAUCGACACGGUCACCAGCAACAGGCCCUCCGCCGUCAUGGCCUCCUAUCACCUGCUGCUCAACAAGCUCCACCGGAGCCACAAGGGGGGCAAGGCUAGCAAGAAGCUCGAGAACAACGACUGGACUCCUCCGAACAAAACGACAUGGAGAAACCGAAGCAACACUGAAACGAAGACUCAGCAACAGAACUCCCCGAAAACGGAGAAAAGCUGGAAGCAGUUCAACAAGUCGCCGAAGGUCCAGCAGACGAGCAGAAGUCAGAACAGGAGGAAGACCACAGAUUUGCACAGGAAGGGCCACCGUGAGGAUGACGAAAACUGUCCGCCCUCUCCCGCUCUGCCCCACCUUCCCUGCUCUGCUUUGCCCCCUUCGUCCUCUGACCCUGCGUCCCCCGAACCUCUGUCCGCAGAAGACGGGACGACUGAUGAGGAGGUGACCAUUUCUAUCAACACCAGGGAGACAUUGUUUCCUGACGUGUCGGUGUUUGGAGACAGGGAACUCGUCCACGCUUCCCCUCCGAAGAGCUCAACAUCGCAGCUCUGUGACUCCGCUCCCUGCCAUGUCCCCUUACCAGCCGAGCCGACCGGAGACGCCGUCGCGUCCAGACCGAUCCGACCCUCCCACCCACUUAGGACAACGCAGUCGGACGGCGCAGCGGAGCCAGGGUCGGACCGCUUCCGGGACAAGUACCACCAGGACAACUCUCACCGCCUUAGCGUCAACGAGCGGCUGGAGAAGCUGCAGGUGUUUUACUCAGCCGAGAAAAACGCCGUCUCUCCCGGAAUCCUCCUGGAGACCGGACCCGUACUCUCCGUGGAAAGAGGGCAGCCGGGGUCCAUCCAGCCCGCACAGGCGUCCCCCUCCGCUCGCCUGCCUCGCCUGCGCAACGUCGGGCCUAAAGACGGCCGAGGGAGGAAGGUCACGUGGGCGGGCCUGAGUCGGCCUGGACCGCCUAGGCUUCUGGUGAACGGGUCGAAACCACCGGUUUUCCCUUCCCAGAGACAACACACUUUGAUCAUAAAGAGCCUCAGGCAGGAGCAGGGAAGGAGGAAAGAGCUCGCCUCAGCAGGGGAAGGGGAGCCGGCGGGAGAAGGGAUUGGCGGCGACAAGAGGAACUCUGUUCAGUUGCGUUCUGAACAAAGGCGGGUGGCGGACCUGAACCUGCCAAUGCUUCCUGUGGCACUGCAGGGAAAAGAUGUCAGGAAGAACCAGCUACAUAGCAUGGACUACUGAGACUCCGGUUGGAGCGGCAGAGUCAUGAAAAGUUCAAGGAAAGCUGGUGGAAGUCAAAACAGUAGUCAAUAGGAGUACAGCCAGAGACAACUGCAAUGAACUACCAUAAAUGGCAGCUAUAGAAGUGUACAGCCUUGAAGCUAUGUUCUUGUUAUACUGUUCUAUUCAUGCCACACUCGGAGGAGCCCAUCCUAGAUAAACACCAUUCCGUUUGUUUGUCUUCAGCUGCAGUGCCAAAAAUACUUCUGCUCAUACCUCAACUGCUGGAUUCGGUCUUUAAAAGACCGGGUUCGAUUUAAGUCAUGGGAAACGUCUCGAACGUUUCCAUUCCCUUUUCCCAUCAGACUGCAGUUCAGAGUUCGCUCUGAACUUUUGGUUUCCUUGCGCAGAACCAGAAGAUAAGAAAGUAGACGACAAAAAAAAAUUAAAGAAUGUAAAGUCACCUAAAACAUUUCCUGUCAGAAUGGCAUCAUCCAUCCACUUUCUGAAGCUGUUCUAACCAUUUCAGGGAAAGGUGUCCGUCUCCAGGGGUCAAAGGGCGAGUUUCCAGGUUGCCAGAGACAAUUCGCACACACUCGAAUCCACAGCCACCUCAGUAUCUCCAUUUCCUCUUAAAGGAGCAGUGUUGUUUGUUUCCCAGUCUCAGAAUAAUUUUAUAGCACACUCAAGUAACUGCUACCUUCAGUUGUCAUAAAAAUCUUGCAUAUAUGAACUAUGACUUUAAAAAAGUUUGACUUUGCUAUUUAAUGGCUUGAAAUUGGGCCUGUGUGUCUUUAAGAAUGUGCUGCUCUUUCCAACACUCCACCUUCAGGAAGUCAACCCAAAAAAAACACAACUUAACUGAUUUCAAGCCACUAAAUUUGUCGUAAUUAUGCAAAUAUAACAUUUGAUUUCCAAAAGGUCAAUCAAAUAAGUAAGUAAACUUGUUAGUCUAGAGAAAACUUGGAGGUCUUUUUUUCUCCAGAAAUUGUUCAUGUUAGCAGUUUGGUGCACAGUUUGAGCAUUUCUCAGUUUUCAUACAUAUAUUUUUUUAUUAAACCUUUAUUUAACCAGAUAAGAACCCACUGAGAUGAAUGCCUCUUUCACUAGGGUGACCUGGUCGAGAAAGGCAGCAGCACACAUGAUGACAAGACAACUAAACAGAAAUAACAAACAUAUAAGCAACAAUCUGAGAACAAAAGGCAGUAGUUGUGACAAUUCUAUUUUUUUUUUUUUAUGUCAAUUUAAAGCCUAAAAAUACUUGUUGACGUGACAUCCAUUCUCUUUUUUUUUUCUAUUUAAUUUUACGAAAAGCUUUCAGUGAAGCAACUUCUGACGGUUUUCGUUCAGCUUUGCUCAUAAAAUUUCUAAACUGGUCAGACGUGUGUUAUGUGACGUAACAUAAAAACAGGCAUGUUGGUCCCCUUAAAUCUCAUUUCGGUCACUCCCUCCCUUCCCCCCUUCCUCAAGUGGAGCUCUAUGGAUCAUCAAUAUUUAGAUACAGAGAUGAAGAAGAAUCUGGUAGCGGCUUUGUGGCAGUCAUCACAUCGGCUGAAUAAUUCACCUUCUGUUACAUGACACCAUGUUUUCAGUUGUGUGCGUGUGUGUGUGUGUGUGUGUUUUGGUGAGGCGCUCGCCCGAUGAGGACAGAUUGAACCACACUCGGGUGGAUAUAUCUCCCACUCCAGUUACCACUCUGGCUACUUAACACUGAUAUGAACCGCUAAGCUCUGAUACUGUAUCAGACAUGAACACAAGCCAAUAUAGUACAAUGCUGCUACACCAUCAAGGACCAGGCCAUCAGCAAGCAUGUCAUGAUAAGUAGCUCUCUGUAGAGUAUGAGUAAAUUUAAAGAGAAUUCAACCUCUAUCUGCUGCUAGCGUCUUGCAUUUACUACAUGUAUUUAGUUUGUAAUCUGGAGAUGUCGGAUGGUGUUAAAGACCCUUCCUCUGCGCCUCCGUCUUUCUGCAAUCGAGAGUUUAGAUUAGCCUGAAUCUGAACUGAACAUGCAUGGAAGAGAAAAAGGUUUGGAAAAUCAAUUAAUAAUGCAGGUUGCACAUAAAGAUCUGUCCACGACUGCUAGAACAUUGUGUGCACGCUACAUUGAUUAUUGUUCUCCCCGAACGUGAUGUGCUUUCCACACUGACUCAUCAACCUUUUAAAGUGUCAGUGGGUUGACCUGCUGCCCUGGUGUUAGCUGGGCAUAAGAUGUUGCUUCAAUUAGUUUAAUAUUUCUAUGAGCAUGUAAAAAAGUACUAAUCGUCUUGAUCAUGCUGUCCUAAUCCAUUUCAGUCUUUCUGAGAGGAUGGAAGAGGAAUGGUGUCAAAUUGAGAUGAAAUUUUACCGUGCAAAUUUCAAGAUGUACCUCAGGAACCACUGCCAACCUGAAAGAAGUAAUCAGGUAUAGGAACCCGAUAAACUGGUAUAGUUAGAAAAUUGUCAAACUAAAAAAAAAUCCAUGGGUUCUCCCAACAAAUGUUGUCAUUUUUUAGGUUAUAUUCUACAUACAAUCUUCAUCUGUCCCGUUUUUCUUCAAGUAACCCCAGUUUUGGAGCUGUAGGUGGAGAUACUUCAACAGGAUUAAUGCUGUUCCACUUUGUCAAGCACAGAGAAAGGCUGUCCCUCCAUAGUUACUAAAUUGUGUUUGCUCUGUCACGCUACACAUGCCCAGACUCGUCCAGUGGUAACUGAUUGGUUUGAUGUUAGUUUAGCUUGGAUUUAAGCUAGUUACUUAUUAGAACAGGCCCAGGAAAACUUAGAGGUUUGGUAAAAGAUCUAAGGAGAUGAUAAUCCUGAUGUUUAAUCAAAUAUGCCCUACAAAGCUGCUGCUAGAGUAGUAAAGUGUAUUCAGAUAUAAAGUUAUGCUAUUUUUGUGGUAAAUGUACCGUAAAUGGGUUCUGCAGUUACCCGUUUAUGGUAACUUAAAGUCACCAUCUUAACUGGUGACUUUAAUUGCCUUCAAUGCAAGUCUUUGUUACUCUUAUUUCUUGACUCAACUAUCCCUCUGAAGAUAGAUAUGCCUUAUAGAUCAACAACUUUGGGGUUCUGACUAAGUUUGGAAUUGAGUUUAUCUUCAGGUUAGUGGUGUAUUGGUUCAGGUUAGGGUUAUGAGUAUGGGCUAUGCAUAAAUACGAUCAGUCAAAUGAAAGGAAGUCAAUACUACGUCCCAAUAAUCUUGUGUAUGUGUGUGCGGGGUCAUACAUUGUUGGUCUGUGAGUGUUGCCCUCUGUCAUCAUCAGCUUAAUCCUGGUGUUGAAGGCCGUUGAGAGACGUCCUCACAC